AUGACAUCAAAAGUUUCAAGAUUAGAUCGACAGGUGAUCCUGUUGGAGACAGGCUCCACACAGAUUGUAAGAAACGUAGCCGCCGAUCAAAUGGGUGAUUUAGCAAAACAACAUCCUGAAGAUAUAUUAAACCUACUAUCAAGAGUAUAUCCAUUUCUGCUAGUGAAAAAAUGGGAAACUAGAGUAACUGCAGCAAGGGCUGUAGGAGGUAUUGUUAAACACGCAACGCUCUGGGAUCCUAAUGAAAAUGACGAUACUGCCAUGAAACCAACGGACAAUACAGGUGAUGCUCCUGUGGAAACAGCUCAAGUCAAAUUAGAACAAGAUAUUCAAUUAAAAUUAGAAGAAUUUUCAAAAUCUGAUGAAACUUCUUUACUCCGAGGAAACCAAGAACUUUAUUCCCUCUCCCAAUGGAACUUAAACGCCUUAUUUAAAUCAGGAAAAGUAUUACUAGCAUCAAAUAUGAACGACUUUAUGAACAAUAACAAUAUAUCAGUUAAUGAGAAUCCUAAGAAACAACUUAAAGUUGAAACUGAAUCAAAUCAAAAUGUGAAAAAAGAACAAGGCACAACGACGAAGAAAUCUGCAAGAAUGUUGGCAAUGGCAAAACGUAAGAAGAAGAUUCAGGCGAAAAAUGCAACGAGUAAACCAGUAGAUAUUACUGAAAGUUCCGUAUCGAAAACUUUAUUAAACCAACAAAACAAAAACAACGAAUCCACUUCUCCAGUUGAAUUAACUAAUCCUAAACUUGAGAUAACUGAGCAAACAGAUCCUAACAAAAUACUGAUCGAGUCAACGAUGUUACCAAUCUUAGAACAACAAGAACGUGUAGCUGGUUUAGUUUGGCAAUUUCAAGGGAUAUAUGAGCUAUUGUUGGAGAACUUAACUAGUGAUAUUUGGGAAGUAAGACAUGGUGCCGCACUAGGGCUUAGAGAGCUCAUGAAGAAGCAUGCCUCAAGUGUUAGUAGGGUUAAAGGCAAAAGUAGACAAGAAAAUGACCUCCAGAAUAGGAAGAGUCUUGAGGAUUUGGCGACAAGAUUAUUAACAGUAUUUGCACUCGAUAGAUUUGGUGAUUAUGUUUAUGACACUGUAGUUGCCCCAGUUCGAGAGUCUGUAGCACAGACAUUGGCUGCGUUGCUAAUACACCUAGAUGAUAAUUUAUCACUGACUAUUUUUAAGACUUUAGAGCAACUAGUCUUACAGGAUCCUCAAAUAACAGGUCUGCCGAAUAAAAUAUGGGAAGCUACACAUGGGGGUCUACUAGGGAUUCGUUACUUUGUUAGUAUAAAAACUGAUUUUCUGCUCUCAAAUAAUCUCCUAGAUAGAGUUGUUAAUAUUGUUCUUUAUGGGUUGAAUCAAAGUGAUGAUGACGUGCAAAGCGUUGCUGCCUCGAUUUUGACCCCAAUAACUAGUGAAUUCGUAAAAAUGGAUUCUGAAAAGAUUGAUGUUGUCCUAACGACGAUUUGGACAUCUCUUACUCAUUUGGAAGAUGAUCUAUCCGCAAGCGUUGGUUCCGUUAUGGAUCUGCUCGCAAAUCUAUGUAAACACACUGAAGUGUUAGAUAUACUCAAGAAGAAAGCGAUUAAAUAUCCUUCCGAGUGGUCAUUCAAAUCAUUGGUUCCAAAAUUGUAUCCAUUUUUGCGUCAUUCAAUCUCUUCCGUGAGAAUUGCAGUAUUGAACCUAUUAAAUGGAUUCUUAUCAAUUAACGAUGAUUCAACAAAGAAUUGGCUUAAUGGCAAAAUCUUUAGAUUAAUAUUCCAGAAUAUAUUAUUAGAACAAAAUCCGGAAAUCCUUCAAUUAUCCUACGAUCUAUACGGAGACUUACUUUCUCAUUAUAAAUCGAAACAUACUGAGAAGACUCUAGAUCAUGUAUUCAGCAAGCAUUUGCAACCUAUUCUUCAUCUUCUAAACACACCAAUUGGGGAAAACGGUAAAAGUUACAGCAUGGAGGCUCAAUAUAUUUUAAAGCCAUCACAACACUACCAAUUACACCCAGAAAGGAAAAGAUCAGAGUCAAGCCAACCAGAUGAUACUGAUAUACCACCUCCUAAGCAUCUUGAAAGGAUCAAUAUUGAUGCUCCAAUGAUCGCAGGUGAUAUAACAUUAUUGGGCCCAGAUGUAAUCAUCAAUACCAGAGUUAUGGCAGCCAGAGCUUUUGGAUUAACUCUAGCCAUGUUCCAAGAUUCGACUUUGCAGUCAUUCUUCACCAAUGUAUUGGUUAGGUGCCUCGAUUUACCUUUUUCCACACCACGAAUGUUGGCAGCCAUUAUUAUAACAGAAUUUUGCAGUAGUUGGUCAAAACAACAUCCUGAACAAGAUAAAUUACCAGAAUUUGUGGGAAACAUCUUUGCUCCGAUAUUAAACGAACAACUAUCAAAUCCAGAGCUCUUCCCUGUUUUUAGAGAAUUAGUACCAAGUUUGAAGGCAUUAAGAACACAAUGUCAAAGUUUAUUAGCCACAUUUGUCGAUGUUGGGAUGCUAUCACAACAAAAGUUGCCCAGCAUAGCUAUUGUCGUUCAAGGUGAGACAGAAGCUGGUCCUCAAGCAUUUAGUAUUGAAACUGCUGAAAAGGUCCACAAUGAAUAUUAUGAAAAGAUGUUUAGAUCAAUGAAUAAUUCGUAUAAACUAUUAGCAAAAAAGCCAUUGGAAGACGCAAGGUACCGUGUGGCACUUGCAAUCGAAGCUACAAAGGAAUCGAGAAGAGCUCACAAUGGCAGCAUUCUUUCAAAUUACGCUUCAGCAUUAUUGCUUCUCAAGGGUAUUCCACCUAAGUUGAAUCCUGUUAUUCGCGCAUUAAUGGACAGUGUCAAACUAGAAAAGAAUGAAAAGUUACAAACAAUGGCAGGUGAUGCAGUAAUCCAUCUUAUCGAUGUUUUGAUCAAGAAUAAUAAGGGAAAUGCAGCCAAUAAGAUUGUGAAGAAUCUUUCUGGUUUCUUAUGCGUUGACACUUCUGAAGUACCAGAUUUUACUGCAAAUUCGAAAUACAUUGAUUCUAUCCUAACGUCAAUUAAAGAAGGCAGCACCUUGGCAAUUCAAGAAGAUUCAAAUUUAAAGAAAUUGGCUGGUAUUGCCCAAUUGAAACGUAAAGGUGGGUUAUAUACUUUAGGGAAAUUAUUGCAAGUUUUUGGAGCUAACACUUUGGUUAACAUUCCACAAUUGAAGACUGUACUUUUUGAGCCACUAGCUAAGGCAGAUGAAGUAGAAGAUGAACAGAAUACAAUUAAUAAUAUCCUUGGUCAGGAAAUUGUUGAUGCCUUAGGCGUAUUAAGGGCGGUAUACCCAUACAUGGACCGAAAACUGCAAAUUGAGGAAGUAUCCACACAUUAUCAGGAAAUCCUAGCAAUUUUGAGAUCGAAGUUUUCUGUUCUUCGUUAUUCAGCUGCGAGAACUUUGGCUGAUUUCGCCAAGAUAACUGCUGUUGAUUCUAUGCCAUUCAUAAUCAGAGAAAUUCUUCCACUUAUGAACAGUGCCGGAUCUCUUCCUGAUCGUCAAGGGGCCACAGAAUUAAUUUAUCAUUUGUCUUUAUCAAUGAGGACAGAUAUUUUGCCAUAUGUGAUCUUCUUGAUUGUUCCAUUGUUAGGCCGGAUGAGUGAUUCCAAUGAGGACAUAAGAAAUAUAGCUACCUCAACCUUUGCUUCAAUUAUCAAAUUAGUUCCAUUAGAGGCAGGUAUUGCGGACCCAGAAUCGUUACCAAAAGAUUUGGUUGCUGGUCGUGAGAAGGAGCGUGACUUUAUUCAGCAAAUGAUGGAUCCUUCAAAAGCAAAACCAUUCAAACUUCCGGUAGCAAUUAAGGCAACUCUAAGAAAAUACCAACAAGAUGGUGUUAACUGGUUAGCAUUUUUGAAUAAAUACCGUUUGCAUGGUAUUCUUUGUGAUGAUAUGGGUCUAGGGAAAACCUUACAAACAAUUUGUAUCAUUGCAAGCGAUCAAUAUUUAAGAGCAGAAGAUUACAAGAAGACAAAUUCUGUCGAGACAAGAAAACUGCCAUCAUUGAUUGUUUGUCCUCCAUCUCUUACUGGACAUUGGGAAAAUGAAUUUGAACAAUACGCUCCAUUUUUGAAAAUAAUCGUUUAUGCAGGUGGCCCAUCAAUGCGUAUUCCCUUGAGGGAUGAACUUGGUUCUGCAGAUAUUGUUAUUACUUCAUAUGAUGUUGCCAGAAAUGACUUGUCAAUUAUUACCAAAUAUGAUUUCAACUACUGUGUAUUAGAUGAGGGUCAUAUAAUUAAGAAUGCACAAUCGAAGUUAGCGAAGGCCGUAAAACAAAUAUCUGCAAACCAUAGAUUAAUUUUAACUGGUACUCCAAUUCAAAAUAAUGUGGUUGAGUUGUGGUCGCUGUUUGACUUCUUAAUGCCAGGAUUCUUGGGUACCGAAAAGAUGUUCCAAGAGAAAUUUGCUAAGCCAAUUGCUGCAUCAAGAAAUAGUAAAACAUCAUCAAAAGAGCAGGAAGCUGGUGUUCUUGCAUUAGAAGCUCUCCAUAAACAGGUGUUACCAUUCAUGUUGAGAAGGUUAAAGGAAGAUGUAUUAUCUGAUUUGCCACCAAAAAUUAUUCAAGACUAUUACUGUGAAUUGAGUGAUUUACAAAAACAAUUAUACCAGGAUUUUGCCAAGAAGCAGAAAAAUGUUGUUGAAAAGGAUAUUGAAAAUACGACUGAUACAGAUAAUUCUCAGCACAUUUUCCAAGCCCUACAAUAUAUGAGAAAGUUAUGUAACCAUCCCGCUUUAGUUCUUUCACCUAAUCAUCCUCAGCUUGCCCAAGUUCAAGAUUAUCUUAAACAGACGGGUAUUGAUUUACAUGAUGUCAUCAACGCUCCCAAGUUGAACGCAUUGAGAACUUUAUUGUUUGAGUGUGGUAUUGGAGAAGAAGAUAUGGAAAGAAAAUCUAACCCAAACCAAUACCUAACAGGACAAAACGUUAUAUCACAACAUCGAGCUCUUAUCUUCUGUCAACUGAAAGACAUGUUAGAUAUGGUGGAAAAUGAUUUAUUUAAGAGAUAUAUGCCAUCUGUGACCUAUAUGAGACUAGACGGUAGUGUUGAUCCACGGGAUAGACAGAAAGUGGUAAGAAAGUUUAAUGAAGAUCCUUCUAUUGAUUGUCUUUUAUUAACUACCAAAGUUGGUGGGUUAGGACUAAAUUUAACAGGUGCUGAUACCGUUAUAUUUGUUGAACACGAUUGGAAUCCCAUGAAUGAUUUACAAGCUAUGGACCGUGCCCAUAGACUGGGUCAAAAGAAGGUGGUUAAUGUUUAUAGGAUUAUAACAAAGGGAACUUUGGAGGAGAAAAUCAUGGGUUUACAAAAAUUCAAAAUGAACAUUGCAUCUACUGUGGUUAACCAACAAAAUAGUGGUUUAGCAUCAAUGGAUACUCAUCAGUUAUUGGAUUUGUUUGAUACAGAUGACGUUCCUUCCCAAGAAAACGAAGAAAAGCAGCAAAGUGUUAAACCGGGUAUGGAUGAUGUGGCAAACGAGACUGGUCUAACAGGGAAAGCUAAAGAAGUAGUUGGGGAACUAAAGGAAUUAUGGGAUCCUUCACAGUAUGAGGAGGAGUAUAAUUUGGACAAUUUUAUUAAGACGUUACGUUAA